AUGGAGGAGGAUGGGCCAAGACUAGCUAAAAUGAGGCAAGCCUACAAGCGUGCUAUACAAGAAAUCCUUAAGGAACAAGAGAAAAUAAAGGAAAUCCUUACUGAUCCAAGUGCUCAGAGCGAGGACUCCUUUUUUAUGGACAGCUCCAAGGCUAGGGAGACACACCGGGGAGAUCCGGAGGCGAUCUCAAAUACCAUUGAGGGCAUUUUCCAGAGUCUUAGGUCAAGGCUAUCUGAUGUUUUCAGGAAGAAGUUAGAGGCGAAUGACAUUCCAAACAAACUCAAUCAGCUAGACAGAGACGUCCUUGAAGGCAGAACAAGUCUUAGGGACGUUACUUCCAAGGAGUACAUUAGAGAGAUUUUUGAAUCACACCUUGUUGGAGCCAAAGUCGAUUACAUAGACUAUGUUGAGGAAACCAAGAGAGAGGCUCUGGAGAGAAUAAGGGUGCUAAAAAAUGAACUUGAAAGGGCCACUGAGGAAAUGGGGCUUCUGAGAAAAGAAAAUUCUCUCUGCAACAAUGCCUACAACAGCCUAAUAAAUAGCUUCUCGGAGGCUGUAAAAAAUAAGAAUAAUCAAUGA